AUGCUGAUAAAAUAAAUUAAAGAAAUUCUGCAAUUAAAACGUAAUCUUUCUGAAGAUAAAGGAGACAAUAAUCUCAAACUUAACAAUUUUAAUGGUUUCUUAGAUUAACAAUAAAGAUGGAUUAAUGGAUAAAAAAGACUAGAAAAUUGUUUAUAAAGAAUUGCUAAAUUAGAUGAUGGAAAAUAAAAGUCUGAUGAUUUUUUUUAUACUGAUUCUACUAAAUAAAUGCAAUAUGAAUUCAGUUUAAUAUUGGCAAAAUAAUUACUAAAAUAUAUUACAAAUAUUUUACUUAACAAUAAAUUUAAAGAUUUCAUCAAAAAAUAUGAAGAAGAUGGUAAUUACUUAUACUUAUUAUCCCUUUUUAAUCAAUUUAAAUAUUGUUCAAAUUUAGAAUAAAAAUAUCAAGAACAAGAAAUUGAAACUAGAAAAUAUUUAUCUGAGAUAACAAUCAAAUACUUUAAAUCUAUAAAUAUUGAUUAUCUUAAAAAGAUAGUGAUAGAGCAACGAUCUCUUGAAUAUUUUAUUAAUAAGAUAUCAAAUGCAAUCUUAGAAUUAUUUUAUGAAGAUUACAUUCUCAAAUAGUAAGCAGAAGAUUACGUAAUCAAAAUAUAAGAAUAAAAAAAAAAAAUAUUAUCUAAUAACCCUAGAGAUUAAAAUUCAUUAAUUACAAAAAAACUUAAAUAAUAAUUACCUGAACCUAAUAAUCAUAUACUUGGAUUUGAAAACAAAGAAAUUAAUGUUUUUUGUGAACUUAGCAAUGAUGAACAAUAUGGGAAGGUUUUUGAAGAAGCACUUUUAUUUGAUUCCUUUUAUUGUGAUAAAUUAUUAACUAAUUAAUCCUAUCAUCAUUAAAAAUAAAGAAAAAUAAAAGUUUAAUCUUAAAAAUAUAGUAAAUAAGAUUUAGAAUAGUUUAUCAGUCAUUAUUAAGUAAAUUAAUUAAGAAUGACUAAAAAAAAUAUAGGGGAAUUAAAUAAAACAGAUUAUUCUAAUAGAUAUUAUUAAACACGAGAAUAAAGAUUAAAAAGUGAAAAUAAUAAAUCUAGAAUAAUUGAAGUAACAGAUAAGAUUAAUAAAAGAAGAAUUAAUACUAUUAAAUAAUUUUUUAAAAAUGAUCCAGAUAUAAAAAGAUAAGAAAAUAAAGAAGUAAUUGAUUACUUAGUUAGUUAUAAUUAUAAAUAAGUUCCGAAAAUUUUACAAAAUUUUAUAAUCCCUCAUAAAUCAAAUGAAGAAAAGGAUUCAACUUCAGAAAUUUUACAUAAAUUAUUCUUUAAGUAUUCUAAUAAAUAUGAAGAAGAUUCAAGUUAAACAUUUUAGUUUAUGAAUUCAUAAAGUUUCAUAUCUUUAUUUAAAGAUUUGAAAAUUUAAAUAUCAAGUGAUGAAGGAUUAAGAAUUUUUCAAAAAUGUCUUGAAGAUUAAUCCUUUUUUAAUGAUAAAGGAUUGAACUAUUCAUAUUUUCUUGAUGUUAUUAGAAGUUUAGCUACAAUUUUAAAUGAUAUUGAUAGUAAUAACCCUGAAUUUUAAAGAGAAGCCAAUUAAGUUCGAUUUAAAUUUAGUAAAAAAGAAAUUGAAUAAAAUUCAGAUCCUUAAUAAAAAAUUAAUAAGUAAUUAAUUAUUUAAAAUAUAUAUUAGAUUUCUACAAUUAUAUAUAUUUCCAAAUAAAAGUUUAAUUUAUGAACCUAUUGAUCUUUAAUUAUAAAAUUGUUAAUACUAUUCAGAUUUUCAAGAAGCAUUUUCUCCGUUAAUAGCUGAAUUUUUUGAAAAUUCUAAGAAUGAAUAAUCAUAAUUUAUAAAUUUUGAUGAUGUUGUUAAGGUUUUUAUGAAAAUCAAAUUAUGUCCAUCAAAAAUUACCAAAGCCACUCUUAGAUACUAUUUUUAUUAUAGCUAAAUUGAAGAUGAAGGUCUUAAUUUAUAACAAUUUCAUAAUUUCUUGAAUUUGUUAGCUAUGCAAUAAAAUAAGAAGAUUAUUGGAAAUAAAGAAUCUUCAAAUGUAAUUUAAUAUUAUACAUAUAUUUUUGAGUAAAAAAAUGGGAUUUCUAAUGAUACUAUUGCCACUUUUAAAAAAAUUAUGAUAUUUUAUAUUCACAGAGAUUAUUUGAAAUUACUUAGAUUAACUAAAUUAGCUGAAUUUUCAAUCGAAAGAAGAGAAUCAUAUUAAGAUUUUUGA